UCUAGAUAUCUGAAUAUUUCACUAUAGCUUUAAAUUUCUGGGAGAUGAGGAAAGAUAUAUUGAUAGCUCCAUUUUGUUCUUGUUUCUAACCCGAGCCUGUGCUGCUUUUGUUGUCACGAGAAUGCUCAUAUUUUACAUCAAGCAAUUGUACACACUCUUCUCCUUACAUAAGUAUUCUUGUAACCGUGGAGUGACUUAUGUCACUGAUAUUAUGAAGUCGAUGCGAUUCUUGUAACCGUGGAGUACUAUUUGGCCAUCUCUCCUUGUGAUUUUAACUUGUAAACUUUCAUUGUUGAUCUUAACUUGAAUAGGGUAUGCUAUGUAAAGCACUGAAGGCACCUUUACCGGUUUGAAGGUGAAUGAUUGUGUUUGCCCUUUGGGGUUCCUGAAAAGACCAAAGGUAAGAAUCUCAUUAACUAAGGUUAGUUAGUUAGCUCUUUCACAUGCUUCAUCUUAUUGUUUCAUCAACAUAUUUGUAAGUAAGAGAUAAGGUUUCUGCUUUUACAUUUAAGGCUCUCUUUUUUUUUUCAAGUUCACAUGUUAAACCAACUCUUUCCUUUUUUCAUCCCUAUAUGAAUAGCCUCAUGUUACUAUUAGGCUAUUAGCCUCUAAAAGACCACAGUUCCACCAAAAACCUAACGAUUUAAUAAGCAAGAUUGUACUCAUCUUCUUUCUCUUAUGGCUCGGAACAAGAUCGAAUUCCCUCUUGAUGCUGAGGCCUACGAGAUCAUCUGCAAGAUAGGCGUUGGUGUUAGUGCCUCGGUCUACAAGGCCAUAUGCAUUCCCAUGAACUCAAUGGUAGUUGCCAUCAAAGCCAUUGAUCUUGAUCAGUCACGAGCUGAUUUUGACAGUCUUCGCCGUGAAACCAAGACGAUGUCUCUGCUUUCUCACCCGAAUAUCCUCAAUGCUUAUUGUUCAUUCACCGUUGAUCGAUGUCUUUGGGUGGUUAUGCCUUUCAUGUCUUGUGGCUCUCUUCAUUCCAUUGUCUCUUCUUCUUUCCCCAAUGGUUUACCGGAAAACUGCAUUUCCGUCUUCCUCAAGGAAACCCUAAGUGCAAUCUCGUAUCUUCACGAUCAGGGUCAUUUGCACCGGGACAUCAAGGCCGGUAACAUUCUAGUAGAUUCUGAUGGAUCCGUGAAGCUCGCUGAUUUCGGAGUAUCCGCUUCGAUCUAUGAACCCGUGACAUCCUCCUCUGGAACAACAUCUUCUUCUUUAAGGUUAACUGAUAUAGCGGGAACACCGUAUUGGAUGGCUCCGGAAGUAGUUCACUCUCACACAGGAUACGGUUUCAAAGCAGACAUUUGGUCAUUCGGGAUAACGGCUUUGGAGUUAGCACACGGGAGACCUCCGUUAUCUCACUUACCGCCGUUGAAGAGUCUGCUCAUGAAGAUCACCAAAAGGUUUCAUUUUGCUGAUUACGAGAUCAAUACAAGCGGAAGCAGCAAAAAGGGUAACAAGAAGUUCUCAAAAGCUUUUAGAGAAAUGGUUGGUUUGUGUCUAGAGCAAGAUCCUGCUAAAAGACCAUCUGCAGAGAAGUUGUUGAAGCAUCCUUUCUUCAAGAAUUGUAAAGGACUCGACUUUGUGGUCAAGAACGUGUUGCAUAGCUUGUCAAACGCAGAGCAGAUGUUUAUGGAGAGUCAGAUUUUGAUGAAGAGUGUUGGAGAUGAUGAAGAAGACGAAGAAGAAGAUGAAAAGAUAGCAAAGAACAGGAGAAUCAGUGGGUGGAAUUUCCGUGAAGACGAUCUCCAACUUAGUCCAGUGUUCCCAGCUACUGAUUCAGAUACUUCUGAGUCCAGUCCACGUGAAGAAGAUCACAUCCAAGACAAACAGGAAGACGAUAACGUCACAAUAACCGGAUCUGAACUCGGUUUAGGUUUGUCAAACGAGGAAGCUAAGAACCAAGAAGGUGAGGUUGUUGGGUUUGAUAAAGAUUUGGUGUUAGAGAAACUGAAAGUGUUGAAGAAAAGUUUAGAGCAUCAAAGAGCGAGAGUGUCGAUUAUAAUCGAAGCAUUGAGUGGGGACAAGGAAGAGAAGAGCAGAGAAGAAGAGCUUCUAGAUAUGGUGGAGAAGUUGAAGAUUGAAUUGGAAGCUGAGAAGCUGAGAAGCUAAAUACCUUGCGUGCUGAUAAAGAUAGUGUUUUGGGUUAACUAUUCUAAACUUGUUAACAUUUUGUCUUUCUAAAAUCAUUUAGUGGCAUGACAUUAUGAUUUUACGAAUACAAAUAUUUACUGGUUCUAGUUCUUAGAAUAACUGUACUUUAAUAGUGUACUAAUGUGAUAGUAUGUUGCAUUGUAAAACAUUUCAUCCUCAAACAAAAAGGGAAAAAAGCUUAAUAUGGA